AUGGUCGACAACCGCAAGGUAGGUGUGUUGGGUGGCGGCCAGCUAGGUCGCAUGCUCAUUGAGGCUGCAAAUCGCCUCAAUGUUCAGGUCAACGUCCUGGACGCAGCAGCAUCGCCCGCGAAGCAAAUAUCCGCACACGACGGUCACAUUGAAGGAUCUUUCAAGGAUGCGGCGGCUGUCAAGCAACUCGCGCAAUCUUGCGAUGUUGUUACCGUCGAAAUCGAGCACGUGGACACGCACAUGCUAGAGGAGGUGGCCAGCGAAGUUGUUGUAGAGCCAAGCUGGAAGACAUUACGGACCAUCAAGGACAAAUACGCGCAGAAACUGUACCUUAAAAAGCAUGGAGUUGAAGUUGCAGAGAGCACCGACCUAGAAGGCAAAGGUGCCGAGGGCUUGAAAGAAGUUGGCGCUUCAUACGGUUAUCCAUUCAUGUUGAAAAGCAAGACGGAGGCCUACGAUGGCCGAGGCAAUUUUGUGGUAAAGAGCGAGGCGGACAUCGGCGCGGCCAUCCAGGCAUUGGGCAACCGACCACUGUAUGCAGAGCGAUGGGCUGACUUCAGGCUCGAGCUUGCGGUGAUGGUCGUCAAGACGAAGGACGGCGUACUCACAUUCCCUACCGUGGAAACUGUACAUGAGGACAGCAUCUGCAAGCUUACUUACGCACCACCAAGGAAUGUGUCUGAGUCUACAGCACAGAGAGCGCAAGACCUGGCUAAGAAGGCGAUUGGUGCUUUCGAGGGCAAGGGUGUCUUUGGUGUCGAGAUGUUCCUUCUUAAGGACGAUAGCUUGCUCGUCAAUGAGAUUGCACCACGACCGCAUAACUCAGGACACUACACCAUCGAAGCCUGUCCACUAUCGCAAUAUGAUGCGCAUCUUCGCGCGAUCCUUGAUCUACCCAUCCCACAAUCGGCUCUCCGUCUGCGCGAGCCAUCAAUCAUGCUCAACAUCCUCGGCGGAAAGACACCGGACUCACAUGUCAAGGUAGCCAAGAAGGCUCUGGAGUCACCAAACGCUUCAAUACAUCUCUACGGCAAGGGUGAUGCGCGCCCGGGUCGCAAGAUGGGCCAUAUUACUAUCACGGCACCUACGCUUGCGGAAGCAGAACGUGAGAUUCAGCCUCUUAUCGACUUUGUUGAUGAGCAGAAGGGAAAGGCUCUAGGACCCCUCGCAGACCCUUCGAGCUCGAAAGGAGAGCCUCUAGUCGCCGUCAUUAUGGGUUCAGACUCCGACCUACCAGUACUUCGGGCUGGUCUCGAGAUCCUGGAAAAGCUCGAAAUCCCAUUCACAACGCGCAUCACGUCCGCUCAUCGCACACCCGACUGGCUUCGCGAAUUCUCCAAGAAUGCCUCAAGCACCUCGCUCAAGGUCAUUAUUGGCGCAGCAGGUGGUGCGGCUCAUUUGCCUGGUAUGUGCGCAUCAUGGACUACACUUCCCGUGAUCGGUCUUCCAGUCAAGGCGACGCACAUGGAUGGCUGGGACAGUCUAGUUAGCAUGACACAAAUGCCCCGUGGUGAACCAGUUGCUACUGUUGGCAUCAACAAUAGCACCAAUGCGGCGCUGUUGGCUGUGAGGAUACUUGGUGCGGAUGACAAGUCGGUCAGAGAGCGCUUGAGGGUCUGGAUGGAAGGCAACGAGAAGGAAGUCAUGAGGAAGGACAAGGCGCUACUGGAAGAUGGCUGGGAGGCCUAUUUGAAGAGCAUGGGCAAAUAGAUGGUCGAUGCCGACCUCGAGGGGCAACGAGUGGGCUUUGUGAGCUUCAUGAACUUGGCAUCAAAGAGCAAUGAAUAUCACCUCACAGAAGACUUCAUGCUUAUUUUCUUGUCUAUGUCUGUUCGAAAGCUGUGUUCAAACUCUAUUUCAAAGCUAGUCCUGUCGUACCCAUCGAUCCAAUAGUAGCGAAUCAAACACCACAACUAC